ACCUCUGAUCUGAUACAAUACUACUAUACAACCACCACUUUUUUAACAUAGUUUCACUCUCUCUUAUCCAAAUCAUGUAAUUCUUCUUAUUUGUCGCCAUAAAUUAAUCACUCAAAUGUUAGUCACAUAUUUACAAAUUACAGACAUUAGUUAGUGUGUUAAAACCUCCAUGCAGCUUAUAAAUAAUGGGGUUUUGGGGGCCAUUUAAAGCACAUCAGCCACACCGUUUCAAGAAGAUGGCAAUGGUGGAGAAGAAAGGCAGCCCUGUGGGAAGAACAAAGGGCGGAUUGAUCACCAUGCCCUUCAUCUUCGCAAAUGAGGGUUGUGAGAAGUUGGCAGUGGUAGGUUUUAGCACUAAUAUGAUCAGCUACUUGACAGAGCAGCUUCAUAUGCCAUUAACCAAAGCAGCCAACACACUCACCAACUUUGGUGGGACUGCAAGCUUGACACCCUUGAUCGGUGCCUUCAUCGCCGAUGCAUAUGCUGGCCGGUUCUGGACCAUAACAGUUGCUUCCAUGAUAUACCAAAUAGGGAUGAUUUGCUUAAUCAUAUCUGCAGUGCUACCAAAGUUGAGGCCACCGCCAUGUAAAGGCCAGCAGCAAGUGUGCCAAGAGGCCAGUUCCGGUCAACUGGCUAUCCUCUACAUAUCGCUGCUGCUGACGGCGUUGGGGUCCGGCGGAAUCCGGCCGUGUGUGGUGGCAUUUGGGGCAGACCAGUUCGACGAGACAGAUUCAAAGCAAAAGACUAAGACGUGGAAGUUCUUCAACUGGUACUACUUCUGCAUGGGAGCAUCCAUACUCGUGGCGGUGACCGUGAUCGUCUACAUUCAGGACAACAUUGGAUGGGGAUGGGGACUCGGAGUUCCAGCCAUAGCAAUGGCUCUGUCGGUGAUAGCAUUCAUAAUUGGAUACCCUUUGUAUCGAAAUCUAGACCCUGCAGGGAGCCCAUUUACGCGAUUGGUGCAAGUGUGUGUGGCCGCGUUCAAGAAGAGAAAUCUCCAGAUGGUUUCUGAUCAGAAAUUGCUCUACGAGAAUGAGGAGCUUGAUGCAUCCAUUUCUGUUGCAGGGAAGCUUCUUCACACUAAGCAUAUGAAAUUCCUUGACAAGGCAGCCAUAGUGACUGAAGAAGACAAUAUCACAUCAUCUUCAUCCCCCAAUCUAUGGAGGCUGAACACUGUUCAUCGUGUGGAAGAAUUAAAAUCUGUGAUACGAAUGGGGCCGAUAUGGGCAGCCGGAAUCCUCCUCAUCACAGCCUACGCCCAGCAGAACACUUUCUCUCUCCAACAAGCUAAAACCAUGGACAGGCAUCUCGCAAACUCCUUCCAGAUUCCUGCUGGCUCCAUGACUGUGUUCACCAUGACAUUCAUGCUCAGCACCAUCGUUUUCUACGAUCGUGUCUUCGUUCCCAUCGCUCGUAGGUUCACCGGCCUUGACCGAGGCAUUACCUUCCUCCAACGGAUGGGCAUUGGAUUUGUCAUUUCGGUACUAGCCACUCUAGUAGCCGGCUUUGUUGAAGUGAAGAGAAAGCGUGUUGCUUCAACCUAUGGCCUCACCAACAGGCCUCAUGCCAUUAUCCCUAUAUCGGUCUUUUGGCUGGUGCCACAGUACGCCCUCCACGGCAUGGCUGAAGCCUUCAUGUCCAUCGGACAUCUGGAGUUUUUCUAUGAUCAGGCACCCGAGAGCAUGAAGAGUACCGCGUCUGCAUUAUUCUGGAUGGCCAUUGCAGCUGGAAGUUAUUUAAGCACCUUUCUGGUUACAGCGGUGCACAAGUACAGUGCAGGACCUGGUGGCUCGAAUUGGCUUCCGGAUACUAAUCUGAAUGAGGGAAAGUUGGAGUACUUCUACUGGUUGAUCACAGCAUUGCAAGUCAUCAAUCUUUUUUACUACCUGUGUUGUGCAAAGUUUUACACUUUCAAGCCCGUCCAGAUCCAUAAUAGAGAAGAUGGCAAAUCCAAAGGAGGGGAAAUCGAGCUUGGAGACCAUGUUUAGUUGAACCCUCAUGGCAAACUAGUUAGUCCUUUUUUUUUCUGUAGUCAAAUUUGUAGAGAUCAAUCAGGAGACUGUGUAUUCUAGUUUUUAUGUACAAUAAUGAUAGAAUGGAGUGACCUCCCUGGUGCUACAUAACAUUUUCAUUUACCGGCAUUUCUAUAUUAUCGAAUGUGAAAAUUUUUUUGUUGACGUAAUAA